AUGGACUACUCAUCACUUCCCAAUGACCCAGACCAUCCUGCAGGGGCAGAUCCAUGGCAGUCUUCUCCUCAACCCACCAGAACAAGCUUCCCUCAACCAGAGUCUGGAAGGGAACCCGAUUCGCCCACAGCAAAGCAUGCGCCACCGACCCCCGAACCUCAGCACCAAGAAGAGCGAUAUGGAAGCGAUCAAGAGUCACCCAAUGCUUCUAGCUACGAAGAGCCUCCACAACAGCCGAAUGGGGCGGGGAGGAUACCUAGCAGAUCAGACACGGCGAGCGAUAUCCGAUUCCAAGGCCCACCAUUGACUGAAGAAGAGCUUCGACAACAACAGCUAUACCAGCAACGGCAACAGGAGUGGUACCAACAGGCAAUUCAUAAACAACAGCAUGCAAGAGGUCCUGGACCUCAGCGAUAUCACCCGGGCGCUCGUGCUGGGCAGAGGCAGCCUCCACAGUACAAGCUGCAAGCGAAAAUCACUGGUCUUGAGCGCACAGGGAAAAAGGAUCCUGCCAUCACUUUCGAUGUUCAUACGAAUCUCCCAAAAUUUCGCACCACACAAGUCAGAGCCAUAAAACGCACACAUUCCGAGUUUGUCAAGUUAGCAGAUCAUUUAAUCUCCUCCAAUCCGGAAGCCUUUGUGCCCGCAGUGCCUCCCGCUCUCACGUCCGCUGGCGCCGGAACAGAUGAAGAUGAAGCUCGAACCAAAGCCUCGUUGCAGAGAUGGCUGAACUAUGUUUGUGGUAAUGAUGUUCUCAUGAGGGAUGACGAGAUGGUGUUUUUUGUUGAAAGCGAUGCCGGGUAUAGCCCUAUGAUAAGAAUGAAGCAGCCAGCUACUGGGGUACGGAGAAAAGUUAUUAAGCAGUUCGCACCGCCACCAGAUGAUACGCCUGAGCUUCAUGACGCCCGACCUAUUGUCAAGCUUUUCUACCUCGGGACUAUGGAGACCGGCCAGAAGGUCGACCGGGUGGUGAAGGCGAGGCGAGGGCUCGGUCUGGCAGAAUCGGAUCUAGGCGUCAAGAUCGGCCAAUUGUCCGUCCAAGAACCUCAUCCAGGUCUCGCAAGCGCAUAUCGCAAACUAGGCAAAAUCAUACAAACAACAGGCGACUAUCAUGCAGCACAAGGCACAGCUGAAGCAACUACUAUUGGUGAUCCCCUGAAUUACCACUCUUCUGACGCUCUCAUCGUCAAAGAAACCCUUACAAACCGCCAUAUUCUCCUGCGCGACCUCCUCACGGCCCAAGCAGCCACCCGGAACAAACUGUCUGCCGCCGAUAGAAUCAAAUCCAGCGGCUCUGUGCGUCGAGAAAAAGUCGAUGAAGCCAUCAAUGCUCUCGACGAAGCCAAAAGCCACGAACAAUAUCUUGCUCACAAAACACAGCGUGUGACAAGUAACCUGUUGCACGAGAAACGGCGCUGGUUCGCACGUACAGCUGCAGACCUUCGUGUCAGUAUUCGCGAAUACGUUCUCCGUGAGAUUGACUUUGAGCGUCGGACACUGGCUACUCUCGAGGCUGUCCGGCCUGAUGUACGAGCCAUCGAUGCCUCUGGUGGCCUGUCACGGUUGGGACGAGAAGCACAUCCUGUCAUACGCAGGACAAGCAUGGCGAGCAGUCAGGGUCCACGAGGAGACGCGUGGAGUGGUGUGCCCCGGAGGCCCGAUGCGCUGGAUCGGAGUGUCAGUGGAGGCUUUCCACCAACUGUGAAGGAAGAGGAUGGGGUAAACGGUGAAGAUGGAGGACGGAAGAGAGCGGGUACUGGGGCGUCAAGUCUGAAGGGUGUGGCAGAGGAGCCAGAUGAUGACAGAAUCGAUGCAAAGAAUGCGGCCAGUCGAUUGGCCACGAGUACGUUCUAA